GGUUUUUUCGACGCUCAAUAACGAGACGAGCAGUUUACUAUUGCAAAUUUGGACAAACAUGUGACAUCGAUAUGUACAUGCGGAGAAAAUGCCAACAUUGCAGACUUGAAAAAUGCAUGAGGAUCGGCAUGAGGGCUGAAUUGGUGAUCCCUGAGGAGCAGUGUCGUAUGAAGCGAGAGGCCAAAUUAAGACAACGAUCGAACACAAGAGAAGGACCCGAGCUUCCUUCGCCUUCCUCCAGUGAUCUACCCCAAAUUGCCUGUGAUACCACCGUUGAACAUGAGCUUUCUCCUGAGACUAAUGAACUCAUCUCGAGGAUUACUUCUACGUCGCAACAGGCAGCCCUUGUUAGAGAUGAGGCCAUGGCAUCACUCUCGAUGCAAGCGUCUCCAUCUUCAUCAGCUUUCCAGCAGCUAGCUGAGUUGACAAUAUUAGAAGCACAGCACGUUCACGAAGUUGUGCGACAGUUACCCGGCUUCUCUAGGCUCUGCGACGAAGAUCGAAGAACAAUCCAGAAGGUAGGCCAUGGUAUCCAACAUUGACA